AUGGACUAUCAGGAAAGGCUUAAUAGAAUUCUUAACAAGCCAGGAAACCGAGCUUGUGCAGAGUGUGAUAACCGAAAUCCACGUUGGGCAAGCAUUUCUCUAGGAGUUUUCGUGUGUAUUCGAUGUUGCGGACUUCACAGAAAGCUGGGAACCCACAUCUCAAAGAUGAAAUCAGUAACCCUUGAUAAAUGGACUGAAGAAAUGUUCAGAAUUUUCGAAGCGUUAGAUAACGAAAUAGCAAAUUCUUAUUGGGAAAAGAAAAAGCCUCAUAACCACUCAAAGCCAACUGAAACAAGCUCAAGCCACUCUGUUGAGGUUUAUUUACGUGACAAAUAUGAAAGGAAGCUCUGGAUUGAGCAAGGAGAGCAGGAUAUUGUUGAAAGAGUUGUUAAAGGGGCUCCAAUAAAUCCUCAGAAGCAAAUAGCUCCUUCACCUGAAAGAAAUCCACAGCCAAAACAAAAUCAUACUCCAAAGCAGCCAAUGCAGGCACAGCCAAAACCUCAGCCUUCACAAUCGAUAUCUCAGCCUCAGCCUCAGCCUAGACCUCAAGUAAACAGUGUGAAUUUGCUUGAUGGAGAUAUUAGAAAUGACCCCAAGCCACUUGUCCAAAAUCCCCAUUGGGAAAUCUCUUUUCCACCUCCUCAGCCAGUGCACAACCCUACUGCAUUCAUGCCAAACCCUCCUCCAAUGCAAAUGACAACAAACCCAGUCCCAGCGUUUCCUCAGCAAAUGCAAAUGUUUCCCCAGGUGCCAAAUCAAGCUGAAAUUAGACGAAUCGAAGAAGAGGAAAAGAAGCGAAAAAUCAGCCAAGUCAUGUCAAUGUACCAAAACACUCCCCCUGUCCAACCCCACAAUCCAAAUCAAUUCACCCCACUAGGAGCAAUAGCUGCGCAAAAAUUUAUUUCAGACAACAGAAACCUGAUGCCUCAAUAUCCACCCCAUCCUCAGCCUCAAAUGCAGCCUGGAUAUCCAAACGCCUAUUGGCCUUCCUUUUAG